CAUACACUUUUGUCUCUGAUGUUCUUCAUUAUUUCAUUGUUUUCCCUAGAAACCAUUUGUUCUUGUGCCUUUGAUUCUUCAGACACAUUUUCUGCUCAACCAGUAUGUAUCAAUGCUAUGCCAUUCAUUAGCUGUCAGUUAAUAAAUCUUAUAGACAGUCCCAAAUCUCCAGACUAGCUGAAACUUCUAUAAAUAGUUUGCAACUCUACCAUAUACAAAAAAGAAAAACCCUGGUCCUGUAUGAUUUUUUUGUUCCAAGAUAAUCAAUUUCAACAGUUGUAUCUAAAAUCUUUAGAUUGUGGCAUUCAUGUUUUACAUGAAAUGGAAAUUUGAUUGUGGCAUUCAUGCUUCCCAAGUAUUUUGGCAAAACAUUUUUCUCUACAAACUUGUAGCACAGUGCCUACUGCCUAGCUUCUCAAGAAACCUUGUAUAUUUGUGGCUAGUUGUUACCAGGAACGUUUAUCCUAGUUUUCACAAUGUCUUGAUUGCUUCAAAUGUCAAGCAUUAUUGUUGUGCAGUUAUCUUUAGAUUUGCUCCAACUUAGGACACAAGUAAGUGAUCUAACCAUGUAUUAUCUUGGAAACCGCCCCAGAAAUGAACUUAUUGUUUUUAGCAUUUGUCAACACCAUGAUUAGACCAUUCAAAUCCGCAUUUCCCCUUUAUAAUACACUACUGCUGUAGUGAUGCAUGGCUAAAGCACUGCAUAGAUAUUCCAAUCUUGUAUUUACUCUUUUGCUGAUUCCAUUUAUAAGCUAGUCAUAUGCUUCUCAGAAUCUCAGGACCUCAGUAAAGUUUACUCUCUUUUUGUCUUUUUAUUUGGCUGGCAUGCUGCUUGUUCAUUUUGCAGUUAAUAUGGAUGUAAUCAUGAAAUGGUCUUUGCUUGCUGUAUUCAGGUAGGAGAUCUUAAAGCUGAGAAGUCAAUCCCUGAUUCAAUUCUCAGAGAAGCAAAAGGGCUUGCAAUAAUCACUGAGGUAAAGGUUGGAAUGAUGCUUACAUACAAAAUUGGUACUGGACUAGUGGUUGCUCGCAGAGCUGAUGGUUCUUGGUCCCCUCCUUCUGCCAUCUCUACUUGCGGUCUUGGAUAUGGAGUUCAGGCUGGAGGCGAGUUAGCUGACUACAUUAUUGUUCUUAGGAACACAGAUGCCAUCAAAACUUUCAGUGGAAAUGCACAUAUGUCAAUUGGGGCUGGUAUUAGUGCUUCUGCCGGUCAUCUUGGACGAGCGGCAGAGGCUGAUUUCCGUGCUGGUGAUGGUGGUUAUGCUGCAUGUUACACAUAUAGUAAAAAAAAAAAACCCUGCGAGGGUAUAGUUGUAGCAAAGGUGCCUUUGUGGGCUGCGCACUGAAUGGAAGUGUGGUAUCCACUCGAGACUUUGUAAAUGUUCGAUUCUAUUGCGGCCCAGUUAAGGCAUCAGAAAUCCUUCUUGGCUCGCUGCCCAGGCCACCUGCUGCUGCCACUCUAUACAAAGCUUUAUCUGUAUUAUACGAUAAGAUCAAAAAGGAAGCCACUUGUCUUUAGUUUCUGCGACACAGUAUACACCACCUGGUGAAUUGUUUCGGGGUAAUCGCUUUGCCCUCUUUACCUUAAUUCCUAGCUGGUGAUGAAGCAAGUGCGCACUUGGCCGGCCAUUGUCACAUCCAACAGUUGUACCUGGAACCGCAAAACCACUCUGCAAACGCUGUAAAUAUGGCUGCAUUUCGUGAGGAAAGAAAGGGAGUCCAUUUGUUCA